CAGCAGUUACAUCAGCCGCAGCACUGGCUGAUGACUGCAGUAUUUGUGUGAACAUAUUAGUUGCACGCUAAUCUUCAACAGGAUUUCAGUGCCAGUGUGAUUCACACUUCAAAUUGGCACACCCAUGCUCAUCGAAAUAUGGUCUUACUUGCUAAAACAUUUGUAUGGGUAAUAUUUACCAUGACGUGACACCUAAAACCCACCUGCAACAAACUCAUUGACAGAAACAGGAAUACCUCGGGGCAGCAAUUAUCACCCCUCUUCAUGGAGGGGAAGGCACAUUAUGAUUCUAUCUUGGAUCGAAGCAAACGCAUCACAUGGCAGGAUGACUGCUACAUGGACCUCCAGUCUACAUCCUGUCUACCAACAAAAGGCGAAAAGAAUGAUAUUGAUUGGAUCCAAAAGCAUCAACACCAGCUGAAACGCUUCAUUACCACUCCAUUCCUGGAGGGGAUGAUAUCUCACUUGAGAAAUCUGGAUCUGCUGACUAUGGCUGAGGAAGCACAGAUUAAGGCAGCGGGCCAGUUGCAAGACCAGGUUGAUAUGCUUACAAAUGUCCUCACCAGCAAGGAUCCCAAAGGCCCUGAUGCCCUUCGAGGCUUCAUAGAGAGCUCAGGGUCUCAAGUCUCCCAGUUCAUAAUAAAGUAUGACCCCAUGGUGAAGGAGCACAGAGAGGUGUUACUACAGCGAUAUGACCUACACAGAGGCACUGAUUCAUCCAGCUGCCCCCAACUGGACGUCUUGUCUAGAGCCUUGCUUCUGGUUGAUGGACUUUCUGACCUCCAGCAAAGGGAGCAUGACCUAAUGCAGGUUGAAGCCACCCGAGGAGGAAGGAGAAAUCAUCUCAGACAGCUGGGCCUGGCCAAACUCUUUGAGCCCCUGACCCGGGUCAGUGUGCCUCCCAGGGUGUCCCUCACCGUAGGGGUGGCUGGUAUUGGCAAGAGUACCUGGGUCCGGCACUUCAUCAGACAGUGGAGCCAAGGGGCCAUCUGCACCGACGUGAGCUUUGUCUUACCUUUCACCUUUUGGGAGCUGAACUCAUUUGAGAAGCUUUCAGUUGAGAAGCUGGUGAAAAUGGCUUUUCCUCAUUUGACAGAGCCUAAUCUGGUCCUGGGCAGCUCUUGUCGAACACUGCUAAUAUUUGACGGUUUGGAUGAAUUCCGCUGCACUUUAAAUUUCUCUGAUGCAGCGCCCUGCAGUGACCCCAAAAAAGAAAUGCCCAUUGAUGACUUAGUCACCAACAUCAUCCGAGGGAAUCUUCUCCCUGACAUGGCAGUGUGGGUGACUUCCAGACCAAGAGUGGCCUCACUCAUCCCUGGAGGAUUGGUUGACAGGGUGACUGAGAUCCCAGGCUUCUGUCCUAAGGACAUUGAGAUUUUCCUAAAUCACCACUUCUCUGAGAACAAUUUUGCAAGUAAAAUAUGGGCACACUUAGAGUCCCAAAAGAUCUUAAUGGUUAUGUCCUAUAUACCAAGCAUUUGCUGGAUAGUGGCUGAUACUCUGAGGUACCUCUUGCAGAAUGGCAUGCAGGAAAGCCUUCCAAGGACUUGCACUGAACUCUACGCCCACUUCUGUUGCAUGAAAGCCGAAGUAGGAGAACCAAGAGGUAGGGAGCAUGUUAAGAUAGAGCAGCUUCAAGGGAGCAAUCGAAAACUGCUGGGGAACCUUGGACGACUGGCAUUCUAUGGGCUCCUCAAGCAUAAGUACACUUUUAGUGAACAAGACUUCAAGGCCUAUGGAAUAGAUCUACCAUCAACUCAGAGCAGUCUUGGUGCAGGAGUUCUUGUUCGUGAGGAGUCAGCCAUGUACACAGCAUACCGGUUCACUCAUUUAACUAUACAGGAGUUUGUGGCGGCUACAUUCUACUAUGUCGCCUCCAAGCGGGCCAUCUUUGACUUGUUCUCAGAAAGCACAAUGUCCUGGCCCAAGAUUGGCUUCCACAACCACUUCAGAAGCGCCCUGCAGCACUCACAACAAGCAGAAGAUGGUCACUUGGAUGUGUUUGUGCGCUUUCUGUCAGGUUUGUUGUGUCCGGCGGCAUUGAAACCUCUUGCUGGGCUGCUGGCCCUUGGAAAGGACGAUGGUAAUCAAAAGACAUGGGCAGCAGGAUUUUUACAAGGCCUUUUGGACAGCGGGAGCACCGUGGUGUCCCUGCGUGCAGUCAACAUAGCCUACUGCUUACAGGAGCUUCAACAUACAGAACUGCUGCGCAGUGUAGAGGAUGACUUGCGCCUAGGUAGCCUUGCUGGGAAGUUGACACGUGCCCACUGUGUAGUGCUCGGCUAUCUGCUUCAUGUGUCUCCAGAAACCAGCGAAGAGACAAACCUAACAGCUUGUCUGAGCUACUCUACAGUUAAAUGCUUGCUCCCACAGCUACUGUACUGCAGCUAUCUAAGGCUAGAGAAUAACAACUUCAAAGAUGAUGUCAUGGAAUUGCUGGGAAGCUUACUGAGUGCCAAAGACUGUCAUAUCCAGAAAUUAAGUUUAGCAGAGAAUGCCAUCAGCAACAAAGGUGCCAAAGCCCUCAGCCGCGCUCUCUUGGUCAACAGGACCCUGACCACACUCGACCUCCGCAACAACAACAUUGGCUCUAAAGGGGCUAGGUUCCUGGCAGAAGCCCUCAAAAUGAACCAAGUUCUGCUAUCGAUCAAUUUCCAGAACAAUGCCAUAGAGGAGGAGGGCGCUCGGGCUCUUGCAGAGGUUUUGCAAGCCAACCGCAAACUCUUCUCUCUGAAUGUACAGAAGAAUUCAAUUGGAGCAGAUGGAGCCAAAAGGAUUGCCGAUGCACUGAAAACAAACCGGACUCUCACAGAGCUGAUCCUUUGUAGUAACCAGCUUGGGGACAAAGGAACAGUAGCUCUAGCCGAGGCUCUGACAGACAACAACACUCUCCUCUCUCUGCACCUUCAGAGUAAUUCAAUCAGCAACCGGGGAAUGACAGCCUUAACCAAAGCACUGAGGUGGAACCGCGGCCUUGUCUUCUUGAAUCUCAGAGAGAACUCUAUUGGAGUGGAAGGGGCAAAAGCCAUGGCCCAUGCCCUCCAUGAGAACAGGUCUCUGCGGGAGCUCGAUCUCACAGCCAACCUGCUGCAUGAUGAAGGAGUUCAAGCUAUAGCCAGUGCAAUCACAGUUAAUCAAGGUCUCACCUCUUUACAUCUGCAGUGGAAUUUCAUCAAGUCUUCUGCCACUAAAGCUCUGGCCCAAGCGCUGCUCUCCAAUUCCACCAUGCAGCUCUUGGAUCUACAGGAGAAUACUAUUGGAAAUGAAGGUGUCAUUGUUCUUGCUGAAGCCCUGAAAACCAAUGCAUCCCUGCAUACAUUAUGUCUCCAGGGUGUCUCAGCAGGCAGCAGUGGAGCCAUUGCAAUGGCAGAGGCUCUAAAGGUCAACCAGACCCUGCAAACGUUAGACCUGCGUGGAAACAUGGUAGGGAUGGAGGGAGCCAAGGCUUUGGCCAAUGCCCUGAAACAUAACGGAAGCCUCAAGUCUUUGAAUCUGCAGGAGAAUUCCCUCGGUAUGGAUGGAGCCAUAUUCAUUGCAACAGCCUUAAAAGGGAAGAAUCAGCUAACAUACAUAAAUUUGCAGGGAAAUGGCGUCGGAGAAUCGGGGGCAAAGGUCAUAUCCGACGCCAUCAGGGCCAACUCUCCAGGCUGUGUGGUGGACAUCUGACCUGGGACAGUGUAGCUAAUGUUCUAGUCAUAGCACUGGCAUAAUAGUAUUUAUCUGAUGUAUAUGUUAACCAUGUAAUUUAUUUUAACUACAGUGCUAUCUGCAGGCAAACAAUGGCACUGAAAAUCUACUACCUGCAACAUAUAUUAUUGUAAAAGCUAUAAUUAUUCUUACAUAUUUUUGCACAUUUAUUUUCAUAAUAAAUAAUUUCAUGUGUCUCAAGG